CUUUCCUGAUGCUGCCUCGAUGUUCCGAGUCUCGAAGGUCCUGAUAUAGGCUGCCACCCUGGACAUUGCUGCCCAGCGUGUCACCAAUAUUUCUUGCUCGUUGUACUCACUAAGUCCUGCCAGCGUGCUGGUGGCAGCGAUUGAGUACUAGUAGCUAUGGAAGGUCCACGGGGAAAGACCUGGCCACGGCCACCAAGUCUGUGCGGCAUUAGUUCAUUGUCGCAGGCUAUGGGCCUCAGCCGCACAGACCCGACAUUCAACAAUUUCACCAGCGGCAUGCGCUCGCUUUCAUCACGCUUCCUCGACCAAACAGUCUCUAUUAGGGACCAGGAUCGCGGGCAGUGGACGAAGUUCUCGAACGCGGCUCUCGAUAUGUUUCCUUACCUCGGCGUGGAGUUUCAAGACGCGUGGCCUAUGGAGGCGUACAUACGGAAAUGGCUCGACCGGAUGCGGUGGGAGCACAACCAAAAGAAGAAAAAUCAUGCUGCCAAAGAUCAACAGACUGAGGGGAGGCCUGACGAAGGCGGACAUUCCGUCGAUAGACUGGAGCUACCUCGCAAGAGCUCGAGGAUCGCGGGCGUUCGGUGUCCCUAUAACUCCCAGUCGAGAAAAGUUCUACCCGCUUCUCAGGCUUCAAGUUCUAGCUCAUCCUCUGAGUCUACGCGUCGUAGUAGCACGCCAGUUGAUCUGUCUGCACCUGUAGUACAAGAACCACAAUCCACUGCUCAAGGUGCCAGCUCUGCACGAACACCGACUUCGACCGACGAACGGGCUGUAACGUCUACUGGUACAGCGCCGCUCAAACUGCACGAGCAGGUUGUUCGGACCUUCCUCCAGUCGCUCAGUCCGAACCUUGAAGAUCUCACCCCGAGGUUCCUCAGUGCGGGCCUUGUCAACAGAACUUGCCUCCUCGCCCUCGCCGGGAUGCCGGAUUGGGAGAAGGACAAAUUGCUCAGGGACGAUAUGUCCCUUACGGCGUUCCAGUCUCGCGUUGUACGUGUUGGACUAGCAGGGUUGCUUUAGAGCCUCAGCCAACACCGUGUAUGAACCAAGGAGAUAUGUACAAUUUCAGCCUCGUGUGCAGAAGCUCUCGCGCGGGCAAUACAUCCUAAGGCAUCUUCGGGGUGGUCCAACGAUCAUCGAUAAAGUACUCAGGUCACGCAUAGUACUUACAGUACGAGCUUGGUACG